AUGAUUUGUUUUGGUAUGUGGUGUAUGCUUUGAUUUGUAUUGUUUGGUUUAUAUGGCUGAUUUGUAUGCUUAUUUUAAAUUUGUUUAAAUAUGUUUCUACUGAAGUCAGGGCCUUUUCGGUGUUGGCCCCCAUACAUAUAUAUAUGUAUAUAUAUGAAUCUAAAAAACAAGCAAAAGAGCUGCCUGGAACAAAUGAAAUUAAUUUAACGUACAAAAAUGCCUGGGCAAUAAUAGGUAGGUUUUCAUCUGUUGCCAAAAAGUAAGCGACAUUGGCACCAGUUGUACCUUCUUGGGGGAGGGAAUUCCAAGAUCAGAGGGCCUGUCUUGGGUAGAAACAUAAUGUGCUUCUACUAAAGGCGAUAAUUGGAUGGGGUCUCCCAGGUAUUAGAUAAAACGCAAUACAAGAAAAUACAGCAAUAAUAAGAAGCCGUCUAUCCAGCCCUAGCUACUGUGGUAACACUGCUGAUCUCCACCUGUCAGUUUAUUGGGAGGAAUUUAAACUUCGUAGUGCUUCAUGGCUAACGCGGCAUUAGAAUAAUUACUCCCAUGUACCUUUGUAAAGGUGUUAGUCACUUGCAGGACUAAAUCAGGGGCAGAUGAUUCAGCAACAGGCCUUAUCUAUGUUCCCUGCAGCUUGCUUUCCUUCCCCCCCCGAAAGAACCAGGAUUCCUGCUUUGCAGGGGGUUGGACUAGAUGACCCUUGGGUCCCUUCCAACUCUAGGAUUCUAUGAAAAGCAUGAGGUUUCGGGGUGGGUGGUGUCACGCAGGGUUCUCCCAUUUGAAUGCUACAAGCGACUGACAGAAUAAACCUCAAAGGUCAGCAGGGGUUGUGUCAUCAUUAUAUCUUGAGCAGUUCCUUCUAGGAAAGGAACUUGCCCCUGAGGAAGACAUCCACUCAGUGGACUGGGCCUCAAGUCAGCUGCGUUGUUCCUUAAAGUCUGUAUAGAGUUUUGUGGCAUCUAAAAGUCCCCUGAAAGAUUUGUUGUAGUGCAAGCUCACUUCGUCAGAUGGUCUUCUCUUCUGCACAAAAAUAAACCUGGGAGGUUUUUAUCAAGAAUCUCUCAAGAGCAGCAGACCAGGGCUGCGUAUACACCAUACAUUUAAAGCACCUCUCCACAAGAGAGUCCUGGGAACCCUAGUUUGCCUCGCGUGGAACUACAACUCCCAGCGCCCUUAACAAACCACUUUCCCUACAUUAUUUGGGGAGGCGGAUUCUUUAAAUAUAUAUUGUGUACGCACCCUAGCAGUACGACCUCUCUGGAAACAUUUAAUAUUUCUUGGGCACCAUCUGAGGGUCCUGUUUUCUCCUGUUCCCUGGACCGGUUCCUCUCCUUCUCAUUCAACUUGGCUUCUGUGCUAUCCUUGCUUCUGUUCUAAUAACCGCACAGACGGCCUGUUUCCUGAGGCGGAGAGACAAAAAGUGAUAAGGAGAGGAGCUUUACCUGAUAAACGGUAGCCAGGCCAGGCCAAACCUUUGUGGACCGGAUGUGGGCAGAGGUGCUUGUGUCUCUGAGCGCCACGACUGUUCUCGAUUGCAAUCUCUUUACGACACAAUAGCCUGCGCUUUUAAGUUUCUGUGCAGUGCGGCAAACAUCGCGGUAGAAGCUGGGCAGUCGAAACCUCCGCAGCCGCAUGCUCUAAAGUUGGGAUAUCGAAAGUGUCCCCCUGUUUUUUCCAAAUAGGAAGUGGGGGUAUGCUGCCGUGUCAUAAAAUGUGCUGCCUUGAGGCAGGCCACCCUCACCUUUCCUAAUAACAGGGACAUACACCCCCUUGCUCAAAAAUGUUAAGGCCCAUUUGUUUUCGCACAAACCGCAGCGUGCAACUUUGGGGAUUCGCUUCCUGAAGUGCUCUGUCCACCCGGCUGCUUUUCUGCUCUGCCCACGCAGCCUCGUCCCCGAUUUCAGCCAGCUCCUUGUGCAAGCUGCAAAUUCUGCAGAACUGUUUACCAAUCCACUCUGGCCUGCCCACUUGCUGAAAUCUGCAAAAAACGUUAUAAGUCAUGGACACUCGGGGAGGGGGAAGACCCUGACUCGUGAUGCCUCCGAUCAGAUGUGUAGCCCUGCAAACUGUAAAAAAGAAUAAUAAUUUGAUUUUGUGUGUGUGCGCUCGUUUGCACACCAAUAUUGAUGUGCAGGAAGAAGCAGGGGGGCGGGGUGUUGGCUCAGGAAAAGAAAAGAAAGGGGGAGAAAAUAGGGAGGAGGAGAAGAAGCAAUAGCUCAAGGGAGUGCUGGGCUACAGCCCUUCCUGGAAAAGACGGAUAUGACCACAGCAAUCCUUCCAGAUUAGAUUACUGUUAACGAAAACAAUGCAGUAUCCACUUUGCAGUUAAGAAAGACAAUCCUAUUAAAAUGCCAGAAAGUUCAAAACUGUGAAGAAUCCCCAGGAGGAGAGGCACUUAGAAAAAUGACUCAAACGGCACCAGAGUAUAUAUUGUGUUAAGAAUCUCAGCCGACAUUAAGAUGUAUGUUGUUCAUCCCCAAUACUAUUAUUAAAUAGAAUCAUGGAAUUGUAGCCUGGGAAUAGAUCCUGAGGGUCAUCCAUCCAGACUAGAGAAUGAGACUUCUCUUUAAUAGGCUCCUGUCUUUGGAACACUUGCCCCAGAGAAGCAUGCCUGGCGCAAACAUCAUCGUGCAAUAUGGUGGCUGCUUGUGACCUGCCGAGCCAAAUGCAGUGGCCUAAGUUGAAGAGGACAGCAAAAACCCAAACAUUACUUUCACUCUUCCUGCCUGCAAAUGCUGAGGCCCGCUGAGGAAAAUUCUCCAUGAAUGUACGUCACAAUGAUGAUGACCGACCAAAUCCCACUGGAGUUGCCAUCGUUGCUGAAUGGGGAGGUAGCUAUGAUGCCUCACUUAGUCAAUGGAGAUGGGACUCAGCAGGUCAUUUUUGUCCAAGUUAAUCCAGGUGAAACUUUUACAAUAAGGGGAGAAGAUGGGACUCUUCAGUGCAUUCAAGGACCCGCAGAGGUUCCCAUGAUGUCGCCAAAUGGAUCUAUUCCUCCCAUACAUGUGCCUCCAGGUUAUAUAUCACAGGUAAUAGAAGACAACACGGGUGUUCGCAGGGUGGUGGUCACACCUCAGUCUCCGGAGUGCUACCCUCCCAGCUACCCUUCUGCCAUUUCUCCAACCCACCACUUACCCCCGUAUCUUACUCACCACCCGCAUUUCAUACAUAACUCCCAUACGGCUUUCUACCCGCCGGUGACUGGGCCUGGAGACAUGCCACCCCAGUUUUUCCCUCAGCAUCAUCUCCCCCCUACAAUCUACGGAGAGCAAGAGAUUAUACCACUAUAUGGAAUGUCCAGUUACAUAACCAGGGAAGAUCAGUACAACAAACCACCGCACAAAAAAAUCAAAGAACGGCAGAUCGAUCGCCAAAACCGUUUGAACAGCCCCCCCUCGUCCAUCUACAAGAGCCAUCUAGGAAACUGCUCCACCGUGUACAAUGGCACCAUCAAGGCUCACAAUGGAGCCGCAAAUGGGGGAGGAGGAGGAGCAGCCGUGCCUGUCGUGAAAAAAACCGAACGCAGAGCAAGAAGCAGCCCAAAGUCGAGCGAGCAGGAACUGCACGAAUGCGACACAGAAACAAAAAGGGUUCAAGAUGUCCUUUCUGGAAUUGAAAAACCGCAGGUUUCCGAUAUCCAGGCGAGGACAGUUUUGCUCACAUGGUCUCCUCCAAAUGACCUUCUGAGUGUGGAUAGGCACAGCAACGGUUUGCCUUAUACCUGUAUUUACGAAGUUGCCUUAUCAGACAAAGGGAGGGAUGGAAAGUACAAAAUGAUUUACAGUGGAGAAGAAUUGGAAUACAAACUGAAAGAUCUUAGGCCAGCAACGGAAUAUCAUGUCAGGGUAUAUGCCGUCUACAAUUCAGUAAAGGGAUCCCGUUCAGAGCCUGUUAGCUUCACCACGCACAGCUGUGCCCCGGAAUGUCCUUUCCCACCCAAACCUUCGCACAGGACCAAAAAUUCCCUAACGUUACAGUGGAAGGCCCCUAUCGACAACGGUUCAAAAAUCACCAGCUACCUUUUAGAGUGGGAUGAGGGAAAAAGAAGCAAUGUUUUCAGAGAAUGUUACUUUGGGAGCCAAAAACAUUACAAGCUGACGAAGCUUUGUCCGGCUGUGGGCUACACAUUCCGAUUAGCAGCUCAGAAUGACAUAGGCAUGAGUGGCUUCAGCCAAGAAGUUGUAUGCUACACAUCAGGGAAUAUUCCACAAACCCCUUCUGCACCGAGGCUUGUCCGUGCUGGGGUCACCUGGGUCACCCUGCAGUGGAACAAAGCAGAAGGCUGCACGCCAGAGGAAGUGACCACCUACACCCUGGAGAUUCAGGAGGAGGAUAAUGAUAGUGUGUUUCACCCAAAGUACACUGGAGAAGACCGAACAUGUACUGUGAAAAAUCUUAAAAGAAGCACACAAUAUAAAUUCAGGCUCAUUGCCUCCAACGUAGAAGGGAAGAGCAGUCCCAGCGACGUCUUGGUCUGUACAACAAGCCCUGACAGGCCGGGGCCUCCCACCAGACCCACUGUGAAAGGGCCAAUCACAUCUCAAGGCUUCAGCGUCAAAUGGGACCCUCCUCAGGAUAAUGGUGGUUCAGAAAUCCUAAAUUACCUGUUAGAAAUUUCAGAAGGAAGCUCUGAAGCAAAUCAAUGGGAAGUGGCUUACAGAGGAUCGGCUACAGAAUGUCCGUGUACUUACUUGAAACCAGGGACUUUGUAUAAGCUCCGGGCAUGCUGUAUUAGCACUGGUGGACACAGUCAGUGUUCCGAAAGUUUACUUGUCCGUACACUAAGCGUCGCUCCGGGCCAGUGUCAGCCACCCAGAGUACUUGGCAAACCAAAGCAUAAGGAAGUGCAGCUGCAAUGGGACGCUCCUCCUGUGUCAGACAGCAGUUGUCACAUCUCGGCAUACAGUGUAGAAAUGACUGGCCCCAAAGAGGCGACAUCAGAGGUGUAUCAUGGUCCGGGUCUCGAGUGCACGGUCGACAAUCUCUUGCCUGGGACAACCUAUCACUUCAGAGUGAGGGCCCUGAAUGACGGAGGGUAUGGGACGUAUUCCGAAGCCACAAUACUCACAACCGCUGCUGGGCCCCCCGGGCAGUGCAGAGCACCUUCCAUUGCCUUCAUUUCCGAUACAAGUGUACUUGUUAGCUGGGAGAGUCCUGAGAGCUUUGGUGCUGACAUCUCAGAAUACAGACUGGAGUGGGGAGAAGACGCAGAGUCCUUAGAACUCGCCUACAGUGGCACAGGCAACUCCUUUGAAAUCAGCCAGUUAUCAGCCGCAGCUCACUAUUUCUGUAGGCUACAGGCAAUAAACCAGGCAGGAGCAGGACCUUACAGUGACCUGGUGACCUGUACAGCCCCAGCGUCAGUCCCUGAUGCCGUGACCACUCUCUGUGUAUCCGAUGAUGAGCACUUGGAUGCCUCUCCAAUUUCACCCUUUGUGUGCCUUGUAUUGAACUGGGAUGAACCGUGCAAUAAUGGGUCUGAGAUUAUUUCUUACAACGUCGACCUCGGCGAUGUUAUUAUCCCGGUGGGGAACGUCACAAGUUACGUCGUUAGCGACCUGCUUCCAGAAACCACAUUCCGGAUCCGGGUUCAGGCUGUAAAUGGCAUCGGAGCGGGACCUUUUAGCCACUCGAUUAAGGCCAAGACCAGGCCUCUGCCGCCCUUACCUCCUCGGCUAGAGUGCACUGCAGCGGGUCCUCAGAGUCUGAAGUUGAAGUGGGGAGAGAGCAGCUCCAAACAGCACACUGCCGAUGACAUGCUGUACAUCUUGCAGAUUGAGGACAAGAACAAGAGAUUUAUUCCAAUCUAUAGGGGACCAAGUCACACCUACAAGGUACAACGGCUGAUGGAAUUCACCUGCUUCGCUUUCAGAAUACAAGCCGUAAACGAAGCUGGGGAAGGACCUUUCUCCGAAGUGUUUACCUUCAGCACAACCAAAUCCAUUCCGCCCGCCAUCAAAGCCCCUCGAGUGAGACAGCUGGAAGGAAACGCCUGUGAAAUUGCUUGGGAAGCUGUACCCCCCAUGAAGGGAGAUCCUAUCAGUUACAUUCUGCAGGUCCUGGUUGGAAGAGAGUCUGAGUACAAACAGGUGUACAAGGGAGAUGAGACGACGUUCCAAAUCUCAGGCCUUCAGACAAACACAGACUACCGAUUCCGUGUGUGUGUUUGCCGCCGGUGCUUGGAUACCUCACAAGAACUUAACGGACCUUUCAGCCCAUCUGUUGCCUUUCUGCUCCAGCGGAGGGAGCUGAUGCUCACCGGGGAAAUGGGAAGGAUAGAUGACGCAAAGACGAAAAGUAUGAUGCCUUCGGAUGAACAGUUUGCCGCCCUCCUAGUCCUCGGCUUUGCCAGCGUCUCCAUCUUAUUUGCCUUUAUACUACAGUAUUUGUUUAUGAAGUAAAGAUUCCCAUUACAAAAGUAUCAUUUUAACUAAUGCUACGCAUUAUCCACAUGUUUUAUUCAGAUAUUCCUCUUAUUGUUAUUAUUAUUUUUCUCCUUCUCUUUCCCCCGCCCCCAGUGGUGUUUUCCAAUACAUUUUAUACAUUUUUCCUGGAUUAAUGUGGGACGGGGUGGGCAUAGGGAUAAGCCCUAUUUAGGAAAUAUUGGGAGUUUGGGUGUUCCUUUUCGAAACUCAGAAGACUAGGAAUUGGUCAGAAAUAUCCAGGGCAUAUACCAAAAGCAAGUAGCCUGUUUUUGCCUUUUUUAUUUUUAUUUUUUUUAAAAAAUAAUCUAUUCUGUAUUUGUUACUUUGCUUUCAAUGGAUUCAGAAAUGUAACCAAUUUUGCCUUCACUUUCUUGGGGUUGUUUUUGUUUUGUUGGUUUGUUUGCUAACAUCAUUGCAGUCUUUUAAGUUGCAAGUUUUAUUACAUUAGAAUAACUGCUUUCAGCUCUUCCGCAUCUACAAGCCUUAAUCACCAAGUAUAGCAUCGCGGUUAGAAUGUGGCGUUCGGCAAUACACAGUGUUGGACAAAAACAAUGAUGAUUUAAUCAACUUUGCAUACAAUGAUAUCCACUACAUUUCUCUCCUCCCUCCUUUUUUCCCCCUUUCUUUCUACAUGGUUUUUUUAUUAAAAAAAAAAUUAAACUCCGCUACAUUAUCAACUAUAUAUUUAGCACAUUUCAAUCCAAAUAAUUUAUCCUGCAACAUGAAGUUCAUUUAAAAAUAAUAAUAAUAAUCUCCUUAUUCCAGUUGUUUGCGCACUAUGAGCUGCCUGCAUAACAGAUCUGAUAACCAGAUAGCUUUAUAAGUGACAAAGCAUUACAGUCCCUACCAUUUCUUAUUUUAUUUUAUAGCAGUAAUUUUAAGAGGGCAUUGUGCAAUAGUUACUCCCGUGUCCAGCUGGUCUUUUUUUAAAAAAGAAAAAGAAAAAAUAAAGCUGCUUUUAACUUGUUUGCCUUUGUAUAUACUCUUAAUCCAAUCACUAGAUAUAUUCACCUUGAUUUAUAUGUUUAGAACUGGCGAGAGAGAGCUUGCUGCCUUUGCUAUUUAUAUUAAGUAUUAUUACCUUUUUGACGUUAAGUAAUUGUUCAGUCAGCCACUUAAAGGGGGGAGGGGAGAGACGCCCAUCUGUUGGGGAAACCUGGGAAUGAGUCCUCCUCAGAGGCAUAAUUUGAAUGCGAGGCAUUGCAGAGCGCCAUGCCCAUAGCUGCCAAGUCUCCCGUAUUCCCCGGCCGAAAAAACUGAUUUUUUUGUUUUUGCCCAGUUUAUUCUGGCGUGGCGGCCAUUUUGGAACAGGGCAGAGCAGCAUCAAAAGUCGCUUCUGAGCAUGCUCUGCCCAGUUCCAAAAUGGCGGCAGCGCUACUUCCGGUCUGCUACUUCCGGUCCAGUCCAGUCCCUUAUUUCUCAGGCCGGAACUUGGCAUGCCCUGCUCCUGCUCCUCCCAGGAAGCACCUGCCGCGACAAAACGCAGGGUGUGACUUCGGCGCAUUGCAAGAUGUCCUCUAGCCCCACUCAACUUCUCAAGGCUGCUGCUUCCUGGGCAAUGUUUCGGGGCACACAUAUCACCCAUGUUGCAGUAAGUAGGGAGGAACGGAAGAGGAGAAGGCAGGGCGGCCGCUAAGUUCAGUGUACAUCCCGUAACAUCUCAGUCCAGCCUUAAGCUUGCGCUCUUCCCACAGCAAAUGUGACCCAUUGCAAGAGCCAACGUCAAGGUUGUGUUUUUUUCUUGUCUUCCUUUCAGAACAUUGUCUUUACAUCGCUGGCCCAGAUGGGCAUGUUUAUCCAAUCCAUCAAAAUCCUUGAUAUAUAUACAUAUAUAUAUAUAUAUUAAGCAUUUGAAUCAUUGGCUUAUUUAUACAAUAUCAAUGUUGUCCAAGUGCCUCAGGGGAUAUUGAUAGGCAGGAGGGGGGGAAUGGAUUCCAAGAGGGCGCAGCAGACACAGGCCAGGAACUUCCCCUUGUACCACAGCCCCAAGUCGCAACGGACUCAAGUUGUGUUUCUGCAGCGCUUGCACAGGGCAAACGCCUGCCUCACGACUCCUGGCUUGGCAGGGCAGCUGUUGGGAAGUUCCAACACUUUGCAUAUCCCUGCUUUUUUAAAAGAGAGGGGGGAAACACACAUAAAAAUAAUCGUUUUGUAUAUUUUUGCUGUCUUUGGUUUGGCUUGGCUCGCCUGUCCUCUAUGUUAGCUACAACACAAGUGUCCCUGUAGUAGCAUAUAUUCCCAUAACCAAAGUAAUGGGGGAACCAACAUUAUUUUUGAUCUAGGUUUAUUUAUACUAUAUACUGCAUACAGUACUUUAAAUGCCAAUUACAGUGCAAUCUUAUUAUUUAUUGUAAAAAAAUAAAAUAAAAAGUGUACUUAUGUACUAAAUUUCCCCCGCCCCCUUCCUUUGUAGCAUGUUAUAUUUUCAAUUUUAUUUUAUUGUCAGUUUUUGUUUUAUAUAAGUGUAGGUCUACCCACAUCAGCAUUCCUAGGAUUAUUAACCUUCUUACACUUUUACUUGCGCAUUUUGGGGGAAUGGGAGUGUCUUAGUAUAUUAAUUGCCAAAAAUAAUGAACCCCUCCCCUCCGAUAUGGGGUCUGAUAAGCCAAGCAGCUUGCUGUGGAAUGGCUUCGAAACUGAAUUAAUCUGUGGGGUUUUGUCUAGUAUCAGAGCUUGUUGAAUUAUACGCUUGAUCAACGACCGAAAAGUUUACAUGUAGCCAAAGCUAAAGUGAAACGCAAAACAUGACCAUCUCUUGGAAGGAUAUUCUAAGGUUUGACGAAUUAUUCUUUGUGCCUCUCUAGAUGUAGCAAACUAGUACAAAGGUUCUGUAUCUUGUUAUUGACUAUCGUUAGUUUAUAAAUUUGCCUAGAAAACUAAUGGUCUUGAGCUUAACUUGCCUCUUUUUCUCUUCCCCACUUCCUUUGGCCAAAGUCAAUGGCUUGUCAGAUGUUCCUUAGUGGUGUUUAUAUGUGUGCGUUUUAAUUUAAAUUUAUUUCUUGUGUGGAAUUUGGGUGACCACAAAUAUAAGUUCCAGACAUGCUGUUUUGGUGAAAUUUUGUCUCUUUAAGGGGAGGGGGAAGUGCCCCUUUUAGAAAAAGUUAGUUAUGCAUAAAUUUCAUUGAACUUAAGGGGAGAAGUGAGUCCUGGGAUGUUGGGCUCUCAUGGCUUCUAAUGUCUAAGCAAUGUAUCGCCCUUGGUCUUCGCUGUAGCUAACUUUUCUCCGGAGUGGGGCCAGCUGGUUUUGAAAGCUGAUGAUUCAAAACGCCACAAUUUUGUAGAGGUCCCUUCCCCCCCCCCACUCUUCCUCUUCCACCACCCCCACCCCACAAAAAAAAAAUCUGGUUCACUACAGCAAAAAUCUCUCAACACCUUUAAAACUGAGUGGGAAACAAACUACUGUAAACUUUGUAAAGGCGCUCUAGAAAUUGAGAUUUAUACAUUUUGAGUGUUUAAAAAUAAAAGAUAUGGAAUUGUAGUUUUACAUAAGGUUGAAUAAAUGUGCCGAGGAGGGAAGUCUGUAACACUUUAUUAUCGAGAAAGUAUUUAAAAUAAUUUGUUACGUAUUUUUAUUGUAGUUUUGAAAAUCAAAUGUCUCUUCCUUAGCCCUCUCCCCUUCCACACACACACUGCCAUGAUCCAUGAAAUAUCGUGCGAUGACAUGUAUGGUUCUCUUUGCAAACACUGCCAUUUAUGCCAUAGGGAUUGACUAGAACUAACCUCUCUGAUGCAGAUGUAGAAGAAAAGUGUUGCAAAUCCAAAUCAUUCCUGAUUCUGCCUCCGUAAACAGCAGACUUGUUUCUGCUUAUGGCUUUGUUAUAUUUCCUUAUACUGUACGUCUAUCCUGGCCCAAAUCAGUCUCGGCUGUGUACAGGCAAGCUCCCCAUUCCCAACCCUGUAGACUUUAAAGAAAUUGUAAAAAAAUUAAAAAAUGCAAAGUUGGGAAAGUAUUUUAAGAAACUAUUUAAGAGGAAAAGAAACAUUUUUAUAUUAUCUGCCUUGUCCUUUAUGAACUUGAAAUGUUGUAGUUUUCUAAUCCUGUUUUCGUCAGCGACAGUAAAUCAGUAUUCACUGUUAUCAUGGGGAAAGUGCCCUAAAUUGAAUGUUUCCGAACGUUAUCCUUGCACAAUUCUUUAAAUUGAAAAAAUAAAUAAAUAAUAAUAAAAGGGUUGGGGGGUUUUUUAGGUUGGUUUUUUUUUUACCUCACUAAUAGGACAUAAACAUUCCAAGCUUUUCAACUCUUGAGAGAAAUAAUCCUAAGUUUUCUUGUAUUGUAAAUUUAACUAUUUCAUACGCAUUGUAUUAAAACUGCCAUAUCGAUUUUAAUGUAUAGAUUUUUGCAAAUAUUACGCUAUGUAUGUAUCUGUAUCUGUAGUGUAUAUGUAAUAUAUUUAUGCCCAAUAAAUGUUUUAAUUCUUUAUUGAUA